CUCUUCCGCUUCCUAACUGAACACCCAUCGCACAUGGUAGCAACAUCUUGGGAGGUUAAAUGCUUUCCAGGAUGACGUCUUCCAAAUUGAUUUGCACGUCGCUUUUCCUUGCCGUUGUUGCAGCUGCAUCACCGAUGCUCCUAAAAUUAAACGAUCUCUCCCACUCAGUCUGGGGAAAUGUUCUGCCGUCGUUUUGGACGAGGAUCCGAAACUUCAAUACUGGGCUGGUGAUAACAAGUUCAUUCCUCUUCGCCUACUUAAUCCGGAAAGUGUGGAAGGUUUUAUUCUAUCCUUUGGAGAUGCAGCGGAAACUCCACGACAUCGGCUAUUUCUCAGAUGAAAAGCGUCCUCUGAAAGACGUUGCAAACGAAUAUCGAAAGCGAAAAAAACGUGGCGAGGUGCCACCUGUCUACCCUAAUGGCUGGUUUCACGUACUCGCUUCUCACGAACUAGUUGUGGGUGAGGUUAGAUAUGUCUCUAUUUUAGGCGAAGAUCUUGUGGUGUUUAGAGGAACUGAUGGAAAAUCGUAUAUUAUGAAUGCUUAUUGCCCGCACUUGGGUGCUAAUUUAGGCAUCGGUGGACAAGUGGUAGGUGAUUGUCUUCGAUGUCCGUUUCACGGUUGGAAAUUUCGUGGGAGCGAUGGAAAGUGUACAGAAAUUCCUUACUGCGAAAAUGUUCCUAAUUUUGCCCAAACCAAAGCAUGGCACUGCCUGGAAACAAAUCACACUAUUUAUAUUUGGUAUCACGCAGAAGGAAGCGAACCUACUUGGUAUCCUGAUGAAAUCGAAGAGAUCCAAAACGGAACUUGGACUUAUCGAGGCUAUACUCAACACGCUAUUAAUGCCCACAUUGAGGAGAUUCCUGAAAACGGAGCAGACCUUAACCACCUUGAUCAUCUUCACAGCUCGCCAAUCCUGAGUGGAGUUGAUCUGAGGCAUAUUUUCUCACAUUGGUGGCAAUUUGCUAGACACAACUGGUCUGCAGAAUGGAAGCCUCUUGAAGAUGCUAAGCAUGUUGGAUGUCUGCAGCUAGUGACCACCAUUUCAGUCUUUGGAUACAAGAUACCGUACUUGUACUUUCAGGUCACAGCCAGACAGACUGGUCCAGGUCUGGUCUUUAUGAAAUGGAGCAGCAGCUUGGGUGAUGGAAUUUUCCUUCAUUCAGUGACUCCCAAAGAACCACUUUUACAAAGCAUGCGCCACACCAUUUAUGCCUCCAAAAGUGUGCCCACAGUAGUGGUUAAGUGUCUCCUAUAUGCAGAAGCCAUUCAGGUUGAGCGUGAUAUAAUGAUUUGGAAUCACAAAACUUAUGUACCAAAGCCCCUUUUAGUAAAAGAAGAUCAACUAAUCAAGAAACACAGACGGUGGUACUCACAGUUUUACUCCGAGAAUAGUCCUCGCCUUUCCAUAAAGAAAGAAACUUUAGAUUGGUAAUACUAUUCAUCUGUUUCGCGUAUGCUGUUCUUUCUUCCCCUGGAAAGCGGAUCCUUGAAACUUGUCUUAAGGCUCUAUACGUGGCUACAGUUAACACAAAUAUAAUAACCAGGUUAGGCAGCCAUGACGCCAAAGGAAAAGUUUCAUCGUAAUAUUAAUUUGUUGUUUUGUUGAUUAUUUUGUUUACCGUCUCGAACAGCAAUUGAAUUGUCGUCGGUAUUCUAGGCCACGAGUUGUCCCUCGUUUUCGGCGAAGUCCAUCGCGCGAGUCCAAAACUAUCAACGAAAAAGAAAGAAACUGAUGGUGCCGCGACGCGCGGAACUGUGUGAGAGAGGUGCAUGGAAGGUAGCCGUAAGUAGGGACUGGUUGUAGUCUAUUCGUUUUCAUUUUCUUUGACUGUGAAAAAAAUUUGGUAAUUUCACUUCUCUGUUUUACAGAGGAGCGCUGGGAAAUGUCUUAGAACACACUUGUGGAGGUAUUGUUCUGUCCAUGAAAUCGUCUGUUUUUUACUCUGUCAUCUUGACUUUGUUGCCGCAUGGUUUGCUCAAGGUUACUUCUAGUUGAUCGGCCUCUUGAUUAGUCCAAAACAGAGUUUACUUUGAUGGGAACAAGGAAAAUUCCUUUGCACUUUGCUGCGUGUUGUCGAAAUAGUCUUAUAAAACUUAAAAAUUAAGCGUACGUGGAUUUAAACAUGAAAAGAAACUAAAGUAAGUUAAAAAAAAUUAAAAAGAAUGGAAUAGAAAAAUAACUCGUUCCCGCGCGAGAUACCAACGAAAACCUGACGACCCUUGUCAAAGACGGAUAACCGCAAAGUAUAUGUCGAUUAUUGUGGUAACAUUUCUAACAUACAUGUAUGGAUUAAUGAUGUUUUGUACUUGAAAGGUAGAAUUUGUACCGGAAAGGUACAAUAUGAUCGGUAGAAAUUGAGUGUAAUGAGAUUGAAUGACAAGCUGAUGUUGGGUCGAUCCUAAUUCUGUGUUACCUUACGGAACCAUCAAUUCAUGUACCAUAUAUGUGACUUGCUGAAGGCAUAAAGUUAUGGGUGGGUAGAAAGAUUGUGAGUCGGGUCGGUGACCAUCGUCAGGAUUUGUUAGUCUAUCGGGGAAAUUUUACGUUUGUCAGGUAAAAGUUAGGGGAGUUUCAAAAUCCUAUGACUGUGGCAACCAUGAUGAAGUGUUUGUAUUUAUUGUCGAUUGAAAUAGCUGUGCACCUAACUCAUUUAUACAAUUGGCUAAAUGAUUAAUUAAAAUGUAUUUACCUUA